UUCUGCAUUCCUCUAACUGUCUGGUCAAGGAGGGCUGGAAUGUCCCAAUCUACCAUGUAGUGAUACUUUGGGUCUGUUUUUGCUACUUAUUUUGGUGAUCUGUGCUGAAAGAUGGCAGAACACGGCCUCAGACUCAGAGUGGGGCUGCACGAAUGCUGCCGUGAACUGGGGUGCUGCAUUUCAUUGAGGGGAAAACAUGAAUUCCAACAUGUACUGUGACAUUGUGAAGCAGGAACUGACAGUCUUCCAACAAGAGGAGUCGAAACACACCUCCAAGAACCUGAGGAAGCUAAAGGUGAUGGAGUGGACAAGUAGAUGUCCUUCAGACUUGAACCCAGUUGAGCACCUGUAGGGCAUCCUCAAGCGGAAGGAAGGACGGUGGAUGAGCGCAAGGUGCCGAACAUUCACCAGCUCCACCAGUGAUGUCAUCAUGGAGGAGUGGAAAAGGAUUCCAAGUUCAACCUGUGCAACUCUGGCGGAUUCCACACCCAAGAGGAUUAAAGCCGCGCUAGAUAACAAAGAUGAACAUGAUUUGGUGCAGAAGAAAACAUUCACCAAGUGGAUAAACGCACAGUUCUCCAAGGCGGGUAAAACAGCCAUCAAAGAUAUGUUCUCUGACCUGAGGGAUGGGAGGAAGCUGCUGGACCUGCUGGAGGGCCUCACUGGAACUGUCCUGACCAAAGAGCGGGGCUCCACCAGAGUGCACGCUCUCAACAACGUCAACAAAGUGCUUCAAGUUCUGCACCAAAAUAACGUGGAUCUAGUAAACAUUGGAGGAACAGACAUUGUGGAUGGAAACCACAAACUUACUCUGGGCCUCAUCUGGAGCAUUAUUCUUCACUGGCAGGUGAAAGACAUCAUGAAGGACGUCAUGUCCAAUCUGCAGCAGACCAACAGCGAGAAGGUCUUGCUGAGCUGGGCGCGCCAGUGCACGCGCUCUUACCCGGAGGUCAACGUGCUGAACUUCACCACCAGCUGGGCCGACGGCCUGGCCCUCAACGGCAUCCUGCACCACUUCAGGCCAAAUGCAGUCAGUUGGAAUCGUGUGGUCCAAAUGAGCCCUGUGGAGCGCCUGGAACAUGCCUUCACUGUAGCCAAAGAUCAGCUGGCUGUUGAGAGGCUGCUGGAUCCUGAAGACGUGGCGGUACACUCACCAGAUAAGAAGUCCAUUAUCUUGUAUGUGACGUCUCUGUUCGCCGUGCUCCCCCAAGACGUCAGCAUGGAUUCCAUCCAGGAGGUCGAGACACUGCCGCGCAAAUUCAAAGUAGAGGCUGAGGAAUCUGCUCUGGGCCUCGGUGCACAGAAUAUGAAACUGGGGGAAGCAGGCAACAGUCCGCGCCUAGAGGCCCCCAGCAACUUAACAGAGAUGGAAGUGGAGAUGGAGGGCGGCAUGCUGGAAACGGACUUGGACAGCUACCAGACGACCCUGGAGGAGGUUCUGACCUGGCUGCUGUCGGCCGAGGAUGCCCUGCAGAUCCAGGAUGAGGUGUCGGAGGACGUGGAAGAAGUCAAAGAGCAGUUUCACACACAUGAGGCCUUCAUGAUGGAGCUGACGGCUCACCAGAGCAGCGUGGGCAAUGUGCUGCAAGCCGGCAAUCAACUCAUCGCCCAAGGCAGCCUGUCCGAGGAGGUGGAAGAUGAAAUACGGGAGCAGAUGAGCCUCCUAAAUUCCCGGUGGGAGAGCCUUCGCGUCGCCAGUAUGGACCGCCAAGCCAGACUUCAUGAAGUCCUCAUGGAGCUUCAGCAGCAGCAGUUGCAGCAGCUUUCUGAUUGGCUGACUCGGACGGAAGACAGGAUCAGAAAGAUUGAGACCGAAUCGCCGGCUAAGGACAUAGACGACUACAAGGAACGGAUCGAACAGCAUAAAGAGCUUCAGAAUGACCUUGAGGCGGAACAGGUGAAGGUUAACUCCCUCACGCACAUGGUGGUUGUGGUGGAUGAGAACAGCGGUGAGAGCGCCACCGCUGCCCUGGAGGAGCAACUGCAAUCGUUGGGGGAGCGCUGGGCCGCUGUGUGUCGCUGGACAGAGGAGCGGUGGCACAAGCUGCAGGAGGUCUUCAUGGUGUGGCAGCAGCUCGUGUCGGAUCAGGGUUUGUUCCGAGAGUGGUUAGAGAAAAAAGAGGAGGCCUUGAGUGAAGUGCAGACCAGCAAUUUUAAGGACCCCAGUGAUAUUAACACAAAUGUGCGGCAACUUGCUAUUCUCAAGGAGGACAUGGAGAAGAAGAGGAGGGCGCUAGACCAACUUUCCGACGCAGGCCAGGAUGUGAUAUCACUACUGAGGAGUGCAGAGGCAGGAGUUAAUAUCGAGGCGGACACUGAGGAUUUGGCCCACAGAUGGGACAACUUGGUGCAGAAGCUGGAGGACUGCUCCUUCCAAGUGAUGGAAGCUGUCACAGACGUUGGGAUGACGCAGGUGGACGAACGGGUCGUCAUGAGGACAGUUGCUGUGGCUGCUGCUGCUUCAACUCACGACCAGGAGUUGCCCCCACCCGCUCCUCCCAAGAAACGGUUGGUGGAGACUGACAAAGAAGUCAGGAAAGUGUUUGAAAAUAAACUCUCCGAUCUUUUGAGCUGGAUAAAAAAAUGGAAGGCGUCUGCUCAGGCUCUAGCCUCCACACACCCCGACGCUACAAGUGGCACCCAGGGCCUGCAGGAAAAGUUAAAGGCUCACGAGAAGGAACUCAAAGCAAAGGAGCCUGCGGUCGGUCAAGUGAUCCAGGAAGGUCGAGGCUUGAUGGACCAACUGGAGAGAGAGGGGGUCCACGUGGACUCGGUGAGGGCGGACGUAGACCUGAUCCAAACAGAAUGGGACGUGUGUGCGAGGGAGCUGCAGGCGGCCCGCGACCAUGUCAACGCCCAGGCCCGGUUCACUGCCUUGUCUGCAGAGCUGGCAAGCCUGGAUCAGGUCUUGACUGAACUGGAUCGAUGGCUAGACUCCACUUCUGCUGUGGAAAAGUGUGACGACGCCGGGCUCGGUCGCAUGAGCGAAGAAUGUCAGUCCCGACUAGUCCAGGUUGCCCCCUUGAGCACGCAGCUGGAGAGGAUUUGUGCGGAUGUGGAAUUGUUGGAAAACAUUCCGUCUUUAAAAGACAACACGGUGGUGGUGUCAGCACAUCACGCUGCCACCGUACAGCGACUACAGAGCAGACAGCAAGAGGUCAAGCAAGUUUUGGAGGCCAUCAAGGCGCGAUCUCUCCUGGUGGAGGCGCUAGAGGCCAGGCUGGCGGCACUGAGAGACGGAAUCAACGACGUACUCACCACUGAGGCGGCAGUGCGGCGAGCACAGGCCUUGUGUCUGGAGAUUGAACAAACGCAGCAAGCAUCUGAUCCGGCAGAGCAACAAAGAUGGAGUCAACUGUCCACCAAGGCCCGCGAGGAGCUGGCCACGCUCAAGUGCAUCCUUGGAAGCAUGAAGGACCAGCAGGUGAAGUUGGGGGAGUUGGAACGCUGGUUGGAGGCGGUUCAGGAACUUUUGUCCCGCGAUGCUACGCGGGCGGGCAACACAGAGAGUUUACAGGAAGAGCUGAAUCAUUGCAAGGAGCAUGUGAAUGAGAUGGAGUCCAUGGAGGGUUUGUUUAAGCAGAUGGAGGAGAAUGUGAGCGCUGUGCAGGCGGCUGCAGUACCAGGACUGGCCGAGUGGGGGCAGGUUGUGACGGCAGAUUUGCGAAGUCAAUUUGACUCGCUUUCGAAACAGCUGCUGAGCCGCCAGGAGCGUUUGUCAGAGAGUCAGGAGAAGCAGGUGAACCUGAAGAAAGACUUGGCGGAGAUGCAGGAAUGGAUGGCUCAAGUGGACGAGGAGUUUCUGAUGAGAGACUUUGAGUACAAGAGUCCAGAGGAGCUUGAGUCAGCGCUGGAUGAAAUGAAGAGGGGUCAAGAGGAUGUGCUACAGAAGGAAGUGAAAGUGAAGAUCCUGAAGGACAGCAUCAAUAUGUUGGUGUCUAAAAAGUCGCCGUCUGCUGGGGGCAGCGGGCAGGUGCUGACGGCACAACUUGAGGGCGUUCUGGGCAACUACCACAAGCUCUGUGACCGCUUUAAGAGCAAGUGCCACACCCUGGAGGAGGUAUGGUCCUGUUGGAUGGAGCUACUCCAGUAUCUCGAUAUGGAACAGUGUUGGCUCAACACCUUAGAGGAGAAGGUCCAAGCUACUGAGAAUCUCCCAGAAAGCACCGAGGCUGUUAACGAAGCUCUGGAGUCUCUGGAGAGCGUGCUCCGCCACCCCGGGGACAACCGGACACAAAUCCGAGAGCUUGGUCAGACGCUGAUAGAUGGCGGCAUCCUGGACGAGCUCAUUAACGAAAAGCUCAAGGCCUUCAAUUCCCGCUACGAGCAACUCAACAACCAGGCUGUGAAGAAACAGAUGGGCCUGGAGCAGCAGCAGCAGACGUUAAAGGAGAACAACCAAGCUCUUCAAGCCCUCCAGGAGUCUCUCUGCCAGCUGGACCACACUCUUACCUCCUACCUGACCGACCGCAUUGACGCCUUCCAGCUUCCACAGGAGGCACAGACCAUCGGGGCAGAGAUCGCCACCCACGAAGUCACGGUGGAGGAGAUGCGGAGGAGGAACGUGGCCAAUUUGCCUCCGCCAGCCGCUGAUGGCAAGGCUGCCAAAGGUGGCACCAUGCUGGACCAGCUUCAGAGAAAACUGAGGGAGAUUUCCACCAAGUACCAGCUCUUCCAGAAGCCUGCUAACUUUGAGCAGCGCAUGCUGGACUGUAAAAGGGUUCUAGAUAGCGCAAAGUCCGAGCUGCACGUCCUGGAUGUCAGGGAUUUGGAGCCGGAGAAAAUCCAGGCCCACCUCAAUGGCUGCAUGAAACUUUACAAGUUGCUUAGUGAAGUGAAGCUGGAGGUGGAGACGGUGAUAAAAACAGGUCGUCAGAUUGUGCAGAAACAGCAGACAGAGAACCCCAAGGCCAUGGACGAGCAGCUGACUGCACUCAAACUGCUUUACAAUGACCUGGGGGCACAGGUAACGGAGGGCAAGCAGGACUUGGAAAAAGCCUUGUCUCUGUCUCAGAAGUUCCACAAGGAGAGCGGCGCCCUGCAGGAGUGGCUUACUACCAGCGAGGCUCAGCUCCAAGAGAAGAACAGCAGUGGAGACAUGCCAGCAGACAUUGAUGCAGAGGUUGGCUGGGCUAAUGGCCUUUUAAAGGAGUCAGAGCGCCGUCAGCAGGAUCUGUCCAGCUUGAUGGAGACCAGCGCUGGCUUGCAGACUCUAGUGGAGGGCAGCGAGAUGCAACUGGAGGACAAACUCAGCGGCCUCAAUGAUUCAUGGGGGCAAGUCCACACAUGGAUCGAGGACUGGCUCAGUGCCGUGCUGAGUCACCAGAACGAGGUUGAAAUAUUUGACGAGAACUUGGCUCACAUCAGCACAUGGCUCUACCAGACCCAGAUCCACCUGGAUGAGGCCGAGAGGCUUGAGCCACCAGAGCGAGAAAAAGUGCUCAAGAAUAUGCUGGAGGAGCUGGAGGACGUCGCUCUGCGUGUGGACAACGUGAGGGACCAGGGCGUCAUCCUGAUGACCAGCAGGGGGCCCGCCUGCCGGGACGUAGUGGAGCCGAAACUGGACGAGCUCAACUGCAACUUUGAUAAAGUGUCGCAGCACAUCAAAACAGCCAAGAUGAUGACCAAUUUGGAGUCAAGAGGCGUUGAUGUGAACCAGGAAGUGUCUCAGCAGGUUUUUCAUAACUUAGAGACUGCUGAUGGUCUGCUCCCCAGUGAGGUGCAGGUGUUCCAGACUGAGCUCCGGGACACACUCAGGACUCUGCAACAGGACCACCAGGACCCUGCAAACAUCCCCGACGAUGACAAGAUGGACGAGGAAAAAGCCAGCGUAGAAGACCUGCUGAGAAGAGGAGACGAUCUGCUGCAGCAAACUUCAGACGAGGUCCAGAGGGAGGAAUUGAGGCUCCUGCUGCUCCGGCUCCAGAACCAGUACUCGGCUCACAGGGAGUUGAGAGUGCUGAGAAGCAGGCAUCUUGACGCAGGGUCGUCUCACGCGAUCACACAGCAUAUAAACGACAACCCACCAGAGGACAUGCAGUGUGCAGUGGAAAGCAGCCACACCCCCUCACAGAGCCCAUCGGGCUACUUGCUGGACAUCAACAAAGUGUUGCUCGCCAUGGCCGACAACGAGUUGCUGCUCAACUCCUCUGAGCUCAGCGGGGGGCUCUACGAAGACUUCUCCAGCCAGGAGGACACACUCAGGAACAUCGGCGAAAACCUGGAGCGUCUCGGCGAACAGGUGGCCGGCAUCCACGAGCGCCACCCCGAUGUCAUCCUGGAUGCUUCGCCUGCGGACGUCUCUCAGGUGGAAGACACCCUCACGCAGCUCAACGCCGAGUGGGACCGCCUCAACCGCAUGUACAACCAGCGCAAAGGGAGCUUCGACCGUGCCGUCGAGGAAUGGAGGCAGUUCCACUGCGACAUGAACGACCUAAGCCAGUGGCUGGCCGACACGGAGAGGUUGCUCUCUGACGGCGUUGGAGCCGAGGGACAGUUGGACCUGGAGUCUGCACAGCGUCACCAAGAGGAGCUAGAGGAAGGCCUGUCCAGCCACCAGCCCGUCCUAACCGGACUAACCCGCACCGGAGAGCGCAUCAUCGGCCAGUUGUCCUCCCCUGAUGGGCCUCUCCUCGAAGAGAAGCUCCACACCCUGAGCCAGCGAUGGAGGGCUGUCAACCGGCAGGUCCUGGACCGACAGCGCAGCCUGGCUGGAGGGGAUCCGGCCCUGACGGACCUGUUGAGAAGAAGCGAUGAUUUGGCUUUAUGGCUGCAGCAGGCGAAAGACGCCCUCGGCACCCUUCCUGUCACCUCCACUGACCAAAACCUCAAAGAACUGAAGGCUUUAGCCGUGGAGAUGGAUGCACACAAUGAACAUCUGGGCUGGUUGAACAAACACGCCCCUCAGAUCCUCGCCAGUCCCACCGUGAGCCCACAGAGCAGAGAGCAGCACGUCGGCAAGCUUCGAGCCAUCAACCUCAACUGGAGCAAGGUAACCCAUGAGUUGUUAGACCAAGUGGGGCAAGUGGAGGCCAACCUGCAGAGUCACGCACACUUCAAGGACAAAAUGAACAGAUUGACCGACUGGGUGGUCAUCACGCACCAGACCAUUGCAAACAGAGGCCUGAGUCCUGGUCAAGCCCAGGCGUUGGAGAUCUCCAUGAAAGACAGAAAGUCAGACCUGGAAGACCUGUUGGCCCACUCCAUUGAGCUGCAGCGGCGACAGCAGCUGUCUCCUCAUGAAAAGAGUAAGGUGGAGCAGCUGGCGGCGGACUGGAAGGUUCUCGAUGGUCGACUGAGAGAGGCUCUCCAGGUGCAUGUCUCUCCAUGGACGCAGCGCCAAACUGUUGUCCAGCGCCAGCAACUUGUGUCUACGGUGCCCUCAGCUGUCCAGAUGGCCAGCCUAGUGAGCGAGGACCCACAUCACCAGACCCCGCACACGCCGGAGUCUGUGGCCCCCACCGACCUCAACGAGACGGCUACGGAACUGGCAGACUGGCUGGUCCUCAUCACCCAGAUGCUCAAGUCCAACAUCGUCACUGUGGGGGACACAGAGGAGAUCAGGACUACUAUGGGACGCCUUCAGGUGACAAAAAGCGACCUGGAGCAGCGUCACCCUCAACUGGAAGACAUCUUCACCCUGGCACAGAACAUCAAAAACAAGACAUCUAACUUGGAUGUGCGCACGUCCAUAACUGAGAAAUUGGAGAGGGUGCGAAGCCAGUGGGACAACACUCAGCAUGGCGUGGAGGCGCGACUCCAGCAGCUGGACAACAUGAUUGGCCACAGCGACCAGUGGGAGGGCCAGAGAAGGGAGGUGCAGGCUCUGAUUGGACACAAGGAAGGAUGGUUCCACAGCCUGCUCCAGCAGCCUGCAGACCCUCUGACCAAACAACUGGCUGACAACAAGGCGUUCCUGCUGGAGCUGAGUCGCGGCCAAGCCUCGGUGGCGGCCUUCAACGAGCUGUCCAACCACCUUUUACACCAGUAUUCAACAGACGACACCAGGAGGAUCAAAGAGGUCGCCGACGCGCACAACGCCGCCUGGAACAGCAUCAGUAACAGGGCAAAUGACCGCCAUGCACAUUUGGACGCUGAGCUGAAGAACCUGCAGAUGUCCCUCAGGGAGCUGGAGGCCUUCCUCAAGUGGCUUCAGGAGGCGGAGACGACUGUCAACGUGCUGGCAGACGCAUCCCAGAGAGAGGACCUGUCACAGGACUCCGUCGGCGUGAAGGAGCUCAGACGACAGCUAGAGGACAUCCAGGCUGAGAUUGACGCCCACAAUGACAUCUACAAGAGCGUGGACGGAAACAAGUCCAAGAUGGUCAAAGCGCUGGGGAGCUCGGAGGAAGCGGUGUUCCUUCAGCACAGGCUGGAUGACAUGAACCAACGCUGGAGCGACCUCAAGGCCAAGUCGGCCAACAUACGAGCCCACCUAGAAGCGAGCGCUGAGCGCUGGUCUCGUCUGCUGGGCCUCCUGGAGGAGCUGUGGAGGUGGAUCUGCAUGAAGGACGAGGAGCUGACCAAGCAGAUGCCCAUUGGCGGAGACGUGCCCACCCUGCUGCAGCAGCAGAAUCACUGCACGACGUUGCGGACCGAGCUGAAGGAACGAGAGCAGCUGGUGAUGAGCACAUUGGAACAAGCUCGCAUGUUUCUGGCCGAGCAGCCCAUUGAAGGUCCCGGAGAACCACGCAAGAACCUGCAGCCAAAGACAGAACCCAGCCCGGAGGAGAAGGCCCGCGGGUUGGCUCGGGCCAUCCGCAAGCAGACAGACGACGUGAGGGAGCGUUGGGAGCGUCUGAGAGGCCACGCUGGAGGCUGGCACAAUCAAGUGGAACAAGCCCUGGAGCGACUGCAGGAGCUCCAGAGCUCCAUGGACCAGCUGGAUCUGCGGCUGACCCGGGCCGAGGAGGCCAAAUCUAGCUGGCAGCCCGUAGGCGACCUGCUGAUCGACUCUUUGCAGGACCACAUCGACAAGACGGUGGCCUUCAGAGAGGAGAUUGCCCCGUUGCGUCAGGAUGUCCGGAUAGUAAAUGAGCUUUCUGCAGAACUGACACCACUGGACAUCCAGCUGUCCUCCACCGCCUCCAGGCAAUUGGACCAGCUCAACAUGAGGUGGAAACUACUCCAGGUGGCAGUAGAAGACAGACUGAAGCUCCUACAAGAAGCCCACCGAGACUUUGGGCCUUCCUCUCAGCAUUUCUUAUCAACUUCUGUGCAGCUACCCUGGCAACGGGCGGUUUCUCAAAACAAAGUCCCCUAUUACAUCAACCACCAGACACAAACAACCUGCUGGGACCAUCCCAAGAUGACUGAGCUCUACCAGUCGCUAGCGGACUUGAACAACGUGCGAUUCUCAGCGUACCGCACCGCCAUGAAGAUCCGCCGCCUGCAGAAAGCGCUGUGCUUGGAUCUGCUGGACCUGAGCGUGGCCCAGAACACUUUUGCACAGCACAAGCUGACCAACAACAGCCAGCUGCUGUCCGUCCCCGACAUCAUCAACUGUUUGACCUCCAUCUACGACGGCCUGGAGCAGGAGCACAAAGACCUGGUCAACGUCCCGCUCUGCGUCGACAUGUGUCUCAACUGGCUGCUCAACGUCUAUGACACCGGUCGCAGCGGGAAGAUCCGCGUCAUGUCCAUGAAGAUUGGAUUGCUGUCUCUCUGCAAGGGACACUUGGAGGAGAAAUACAAAUACCUCUUCAGUCAGGCGGCGUCAUCGGGAGACACGUGCGACCAGAGGCAGCUCGGUCUCCUGCUCCACGAGGCCAUCCAGAUCCCCAAGCAGCUGGGAGAGGUGGCCGCCUUCGGGGGCUCCAACAUCGAGCCCAGCGUGCGGAGCUGCUUCCAACACGCGACCAACAAGGUGGAGUUGGACCCCAGGCAGUUUGUGGACUGGAUGCGUCUGGAGCCCCAGUCCAUGGUGUGGCUUCCUGUCCUGCACAGAGUUGCUGCAGCUGAGACGGCCAAACAUCAGGCCAAGUGCAACAUCUGCAAGGAGUGUCCAAUUGUGGGCUUCAGAUAUCGCAGUCUGAAGCAUUUUAACUACGACGUGUGUCAGAGCUGCUUCUUCUCUGGGCGCACGGCCAAGGGCCACAAGCUCAACUACCCCAUGGUGGAGUACUGCACACCGACGACGUCAGGAGAGGACAUGCGGGAUUUUACCAAAGUGCUGAAGAACAAAUUUCGCUCCAAGAAGUACUUCACCAAGCACCCUCGAUUGGGCUACUUACCUGUCCAAACUGUCCUGGAGGGAGACAACAUGGAAACUCCCGUCACCCUCAUCAGCAUGUGUCCGGAGCAGUAUGAGGUCUCGGUUGCACACCCAACCUCAUUCAUCUCCAUUACGCCAUUCGUCUCCAGGCUGUCCCAGUCACCUCACUUCUCCCAUGAUGACACCCAUUCCCGGAUAGAGCAGUACGCCAGCAGGUUGGCUCAGAUGGAGAGGUCCAACGGGUCGCUGCCCACAGACAGCAGCUCGGCCACGGGAAGCAUGGAUGACGAGCACACGCUGAUCCUUCAGUACUGUCAGGCGCUGGGAGGCGAGGGCUCCCCCACCAGUCAGCCUCAGAGCCCCGCCCAGAUCCUGCAGGCCGUGGAGAGGGAGGAGCGCGGUGAACUGGAGCGGGUCAUAGCUCGCCUGGAGGAGGAGCAAAGGACUCUCCAGAGGGAGUACGAGCAGCUGAAGGAGCAGCAGCGAGGGGCCCCCGCCGGACGCCCGUGGGAGUCGGAGAGCCCGUCCGGGGCGCAUCCCGACGAGGCCGACCUCCUGGCCGAGGCCAAGCUGCUGCGGCAACACAAGGGCCGCCUGGAGGCCCGCAUGCACAUCCUCGAGGACCACAACAAACAGCUGGAGUCUCAACUGCAUCGCCUCAGGCAGCUCCUGCACCAGCCGGAGGGGGACUUGAGGUUAAAUGGAGUUUCUUCUCCUGCUGUGCAAGAUCGAGAGCCGCUUGCAGAGAACUCAGAUGAGCUGCUGGACCCUCACAACAGCAGCUCUGACCUGGCCGAAGUCAUGGAGCAGAUUAACAACUCCUUCCCCGCAUGCAGUCCCUCAAGCCUCUCGUCAAGACCACAGGUGAUGUGAGCAAAGAGCGACUCUGCCAUUCCACGACAAGACCGUAAAUCCCAAAGACGCACAGGACCCGACAACUUGUCCACUUCCACCACCGUGUCGUCGUGUACUAUGCAACGUGUACAACUGCUUCCUUCCACUCUUACCCUUGAUUGGUUAAUAUUGACACCCUCCUCUCCCCUUCUGGGUCUUUUUGGUUUCAUGAAAAAUGCCCAAUCCUCGCCUCUUCUGUUUUCUUUGGUGGGAUUGAUGACGUCUGCUGAGCAUCCAACUGUUACAUUUCCUUUGUCAUUCCACGGCCGCUUCCAACUCGGAAGAAUCGCUGGGAUUUCAAUUCUGAGUCAAAGCUGAGGUUUGAGGACCUUCAAAAUGCGGUCGCUUUGCAGAGUUACCUUUAAAGUCCAACGAAGUAUUGGGACCACGCUAAAAAAAGAAAAUAGAAUCAUGACACUGCGAAAUUGAAGUCCAAAUAUGAGCAAGUUUGUGAGAGAAAAUGGUAAUAUUGCACCAUCAAACUCUCAUUGCUGCUCUCACACACGUUACAGCUUUUUUAAUCCCGACUUAAUUGUCGUCACAACUUUUCUAUGAGAAAAUGCAACAGUAAAAUGCAUUUUUCUUGUUAAAUGGCAACUUUAUUCUGAUAAAAGUAUGACUCUUGUCUCGGGGAAUUUAAUUUAUUCUGGGAAAUUGAUUUUUUUCAGAGUGUUUUCUUAAAAAAACACACAUUUCUCAAAAUAUUCCCACUUUGUUCUUGUAACAUUAUGACUACAUUUAUUUUUCUUGUAACUUUCAGACUUUAACCUCGUACGAUUACGACUUUAUUACUUUUACUUACAUAUGACUUGUUGUUGAAAUUAUUCUGAAUUUAAUUUAUUCUGAUCUGUUGAUAACUUUUCUCAAAAAGAAAUUCUCUUGUAAUAUUCUGACUUCAUUCCCGCAACAUUACGACUUUUCUCGGAAAAAGUUUUUUUUUGCAAGAUUCCGUCUGUGUUUUCAUAGCAUUGAUAACUUUUGUCAAGAAAAAAAAUACAUUUUAAUAAAAUAAAAAAAUAAAAGUUUGAAUUCAUUCUCGUACAAUAGGACUUUUUUUUUCAAUAUUCUGACUAUUCUCGUAAAAUUAUGACUUUUUUCGGAAAAAAAAAUGCUUAUUUCUUGCAAUAUUCAGACUUUAUUUUCAUAACAUUAUGACUUUUGUAAAAAAAAAAAUAAAAUUAAAUUCUUGAAAUAUUCUGACUUCAUUUUCGAACAAUUUCUCUUUUUUUUUCUUCAAUAUUCUGACUAUUCUCGUAACAUUACGACUUUUUUAGGAAAAAAAACAAAACAACUUAUUCCCUGCAAUAUUCUGUAUUGAUUUUCAUAACAUUACAACUUUUCUAAUUGAAAUAUUCCGACUUAAUUCUCUCUUUUUUUUUUUUUUUUUUUUUUUUUUUUUUGCAACAUUCUGACUAUUCUCGUAACACUGCAGCUUUUCUUGGAAAAAACCCAAACUUUUUUCUUGCAAUAUUUAUAUUCUCAUGCCAUUGCAACUUUGGUCUUGUACUAUUCGGACUAUGUUUUCGUAAGAUUAUGACUUUUGACUCUGAAAUAAAACAUGAACAUAUUGGGACAUUUAUCACUUACAUUAUUCCAAUGUUAUUCCCGUAACACCGCAACUUAACCUGUAACGUUUUUCGCGGUUACGAUGUUUUCUCUUUUGAGCGUGGCCCUGAAACACUCGUCGUUUUGAAGCAUCGACAUGAAUGAUGAAAGUGCGUUGUUAUGUUGUAUCACGUCACUUCCUUGUGUGCCUAAACAGUUUGUCAUUCCGCGUGUGGAAGACAGGUGUGUCCAUGAAGAGACAUUGUGGAAAAGACACACUCGGUGUAAAAUUGGGCUUGUAGGACAAGUAGAGUAGUGUUUUUGUUUUUCAAGGAACGUUAUCAAUCAAGAGGAAAGCCAUGAUUGCCUUGCUACCUCAGACACAAAAGCUCACUGUAUGGGUGUACACUGCAAUGAGGAGGAAACCAAGUUAGUUAGUGUCGGAUCAACUCCAGUCACUGUUACUGUACCACAAUGGGUCCUGCUGAAGCCUCACUGUCGUCGUGCUCUUCAUCCUAUUGUGACGCUAAACAACACUACUAUAUAGCCCUCCUGUUCCUCCUAGCUUCUUCGUGUGGGUGAUUCUCGUACUUUAUGACUCUUUCUGUCCUGAGGUGUGUAAAAUAGACGGACCGCGUUAUGUGUAAAAUGGCUACAUUGUUUUAUUUCCAAAUAAACAUUUUAUAACGACGACACUUCUCUUCUAAAAUGUCUGUCUGAGCCAUUUACUGUGCUGUUUGUGCCACAUACCGCACGUGUACAGUCAUGGAAAAGACGAUUAGACCACUCUUGUUUCUUCAGUUUCUUGUUCAUUUUAAUGCCUGACUCAACUGAAGGUACCUUUCUUUGGACAAAUGUAACAAUGACAACAAAAAUAGCUCAUGAGAGUUUGUUUUUUGGCAGUACUACUACUACUACUACUACAGCUAUUCAUGUCAGAACUUAAGUGAUUUUGGUUAUUAUCAAGAAAACCAUGGAAGUUGCUAGAUAUCAGCUCUUAAAUGAAACUCUUAUGAGCUAUAUUUGUUAUCAUCAUUAUAUUUGUCCAAACAAACGUACCUUUAGUUGUACCAGGCAUUAAAAGGGUUCAAUAAACUGAAGAAACAAGGGUGGUUGGUAAUUUUUUCCCUGACUGCAGUUGUACAUUGCUGCCUAAUUAAACAGAAAAGCAAAAAUAUUUUGUUAUUAAAUAAUUUUAAAAUAUAUCUCUCUAUUAAUUUUUUUUCUUUGAAUAUUUAAGGAACCAAAUUAAAUUGUAAUAAUUAGUACAAUUAUUUCUAUAAUCCCUAUACCAAGUAAUAUUGCAUUCUUAAGCAGAAGAUUUAGUGGAUGUAUGAAUUAGUUUCACUGAUCCCAAAUGACAAAUUAGCUUUAAAAUAAUACGCUUCUAUCAGACAUGAGUUGGCUUUUUGUCGUUUUUCCAAGUAUUUUUAUGAGUAAUAUGCGUUCUGCUGUCUUGGUGGAACUAAUAGCAUUCUGGACGACAUAAUUAAUUGAUAUUUUGGUAAUGAUACAAUGACAAACAGCAGAUGUUAAUUUUGCAGUUCCAUGUCUAUUAAAAGUUUGAUUUGGCAGCUGGAAAGCACAAUUGUAUACUUUUAUCACGAU